AUCUGCCAUAAAAUAAGAAGAAGUUGCUGUUUGCGGCUGUCCUGCGGUGUCGUUUUUAACUGGGAUUUAAUCGUGUUUAAAGUUCUCUUAAAAGGGUGGCAUACUUUUAUUUGUUAUUAGUCAGAUCUCGUCUUGAAACAAUGAAACGGGUAUUAUGUCAUUGAAUGAGAUUGGUGUGCUAAGCUAACCUUAGUUGCAAUGUUUAUUAAUGAGUUUAAUUUCGCGGUUAGAUUCACGAGUAACGUCUUUCCAUAAUACACUUUACUAAAUACACGUUUAUUUAUUUUCUUUAUUUUUUAUUUGACGUAUACGUGAGCCUGUAACGUUAAGUUAGCAAUAAAAUAACGUUAAAUAACCUUAUAACUUACAUGGUCGGAACUGAAAGCAUCUAGUCUCUGUGGAUAGAGAUCGUCCUCUAGCACGCUGGCUAAUCCACACGUCAGUGGCUGUUUCCUCCCCAAACAAGAGACUGCGUUUAUCCAUACAGUCCUUGAGGAGCUGGACGUAUUUCGACAGAGAAAGGAGCUGAAAAGCAUUCUACUCUUCCCACCUAUCCCGAGCCGACUUCGCUUCCUGAUUCACCAAACAACUGGCAAUCUCCCCGACCUCAGCACCUUCUCUGUGGGUGAGGGCUGCGCCCGCAGAGUCGUAGUGUGCUAUUCCGACCUCAGAUUGCCAGAUGAGGAUCAUAUAUGUAUGAAGAGCAGUUUCCAUGAACAAGCACGCGGUCGGGGCGAGAAAAUGGAGGACGAAUGCAACAGAAGAAGAGCCAAACGGCUAGAAAAGGCUAUUUAUGUUCCUUUAGCUAGGAGACAUAAGGCGAAUCUGGAGGAAUCAUCUGAGGAUACUAGCUCUGACGUUGCUAAGGAAGUUCUUGCUUCCAAUCAGGAGACAGAGGUGGACAGGACUGACCAAUCACUUGCCGAUCAGAACUUUGUGCAGCUUUCAAGGUCCGGGCCCUCCCCGUGGCCUCCAGCCUGGGACGAGACUGUGUCUUUCUUCACGUCUUUAACAUUAGAUGACCAAGCAGAAGAGUAUUGUGCCAACAACACAGACCCACUUCCCACUGAUGCGACCCUCCAACUUCAGCACUUUGAUGAAAGUUUGCUCUCUGAGAUCAAAGCCAAACUCAAGUGCGAGGACAUCACCGUACUGAACACCUGCAAUGAUUUCCCAGCCUAUACAAACAUCUGGCUUGACCCAGAGGAGUUUGGCCACGUCAUUGAGAUCUACAACUUCCCUACCUUUUUUAAAACAGAAGACCUUCUUGAUGCCUUUGCUGAUUAUAGUGAAGGGGGGAUGAAGAUCAAGUGGGUGGAUAACACUCAUGCUCUCGGUAUAUUUUCAAGUCAGUCCGCAGCCACACAGGCACUCUCUCUUAAGCAUCCGAUACUGAAAACCCGUGUGCUACUAGAGGGGAGUCAGAAAGCCAAGUGGAAAGCAGUCAGACGAGCAGAGUUCAUUCAGCCGGUUAAGGAAAGGCCCCGCACGGACACAGCGGUGGCUCGCAGGAUGGUAACCAGAGCACUGGGAUUGAGCAAAGGCUUGAAGAAAUGACCCCAACUGAAGAAAUCUACCCCAGUUCCUGUCUUGUUUUUAUUCGUUCGAAUGACUAAUGUUCUUGACAUCAGCUACUACAUAAUCCAGAAAGGAGAGGAAAAGGAGCAAAGCUUUAUCUUAGCAGCACACGUAGAUGAACAUCUAAAACACAUGAAAUAUGUUGUCUCACAAGUUGUAUCAAAAGUAUUUUUCCCCCAAAUACUUUUUUUUUGUACAUUUGUUUCUCCAUACUAAGUAGUUGAAAAUUAUUUCUGCACUGCGUUUUAAAAUUGUGCGAUACUUCGAACAUGUUUUUUACAUUUUGAUUAAAUACAAAUCGGUGUUUUUAUCGGUGUCAAAUCUUAAAUUGUUUCCACACAUUUUAGCUCUAAAAAUACAUGGGUUGUCAUGUUAACAUAAAAAAAACACCAUCCUCCAAGUAACAAACAUUAAUUGCUUUAGUAUUAGAAAACAAUGCAAUGGUUUGACCAAAUGUGUUGUUCAGUCAUAAACACAGUAUAUUCGGAAACCAUUGAACUGGUCAUAGGUACCCUAGUAAAACAGAGGGUAGAUGCUUCACAGAUUUGCAACAAAUUCUUACAGUUUCACAUUGCAUACACAAAAGUUGAUGAAAUAUAAUCCCAGCCUGAACACAAUAAAUUAUUUGACAUGCUUGAUAAAUUAACCACAAAAAAGUGGCGUUUGGUUCAUGAAACUGCAGACUUUGUGAUACUUUAAGUAUGGAAGUUCCAAUUUUGAACAUUAAAGCACCAGUUUGUAGCCACUACAACAAUUAACUAGCAUUUUUAACACAUAAAUGCAGCAAGUACAGUACGUUUAAAGAAUUUAAAUAGUUUCUGUACAAAGCAAGCUUGAUAUAGCGAGGGCCGUAAAAGGACACAAGAUGUACUUCAACCUAGCGACUGCAUCUAUAUUUUGAGGUGGGUUACAGAGCAGUGGUCUCUACCAAUUGAAGUGCUGGAGUCUCACUAGUGGUCAGUUGUAUUUCAAUAGUCUUGAGUGACAGCCUGCAGCUUCCUCCACUGAGAGCUUUGCCGUUCCUCACUGUCUCCUAUCUGAGGUGCAACUGGUUGCUCAUUCCAGGGUUUUCGUCCAUGUCUGAACUCCGCGAGCCACCUGGAAAAUGGUAGAGGUGGUAUUAUUAUUUACUGGCCAAUAAGAGACUUAUUUAAGAGACAAUAAAAGAUAAAACUGAGAAAAUCAAGUUUUUGUUAAAGUACGUCUGGAUGGGAUUCAGAACGGUGAUCUAACAUAUAUGGAGUUACAUUAGGCAGUUAGGCAGUUUUGAUUAUAUGCUGUUUAAUGUUGGUGAUUGCAUUAUUUUAUAUAUGCAUAUGAUUACAUAUGACAUGUUUAUGCAUCUUCUUCAUUGUUUUGACCAGGAGAUUCUGUACCCUUUCAGAAUAUGUGUAAUACCGCUCCCUACUGUAUAACAGUGAAAACACAGAAACCGGGAAAAUUUUGUCUAUGGCGGGAAAGCGUUGUCACACAAAUGAUGAAAAUUUCCAUCAAUGGCAGGGAAAUUGUUAAACUGUCCUGGUAGACAUUCAAUUCAGUAUUUUUCUAACCAACUCACCUAUAUUACAGUUGUACGUCCAUAUCCUGUAUCCAUCAUAGCGGCACUUGCACUUCAUGACAUUGUUGGUGUAAUCCGACUCGGCUACAUCAUAGUUAGGAUUGAUUACGACCUAUGUGACAGAGUCAUGUUAGUAAGAAAAUAUUUUUUUUAUUUUUAGUUCACUUCAAAUAAACCGGUACCUGGAAAAUAUAGUCUCCUGGUUUCACAUCUGUGAUAUCGAUCCACUGUCUGUAAGUGUCUCAGCAGCCAACGGUGAUGCCCUGUUCACCAAAGUCGGCACAAAGAUACAGUUUCUGAAUACCUGGAUCAACGAAAACAACCAAUUAGAUUUUCGAGCUGAAUAAUAGAGUGGUCCCUUCCUUACCUCCACUUCUGUAGAGCUGUUUAUGACUGAAUAGAACUCGUUUCUCCGGCCCAGAUCCGGCCUACAUCUGGACCGUGUGGAAUCCAAGUGUACCAGAUGUGGGCCGGAUCUGGACCGACACUAUGUUGCUGUCUGGGAUUCUACUCAGAGCAGUUAUUACUGUAACCACGACAUGGUGUGAACGCACCUUUGUACUAGUGUUGAUUAACUUUAGCGUUAUUUGACCAUCUCAUAAGUUCUCACCUUCGUCACAUUGAGUGUCCUCUAGACAGAAACUGGCCUUGUGACCCUCUGCAACCUUGGUGCUGUUCAGACUCAGCAGGUCAUAAUGUGUAAAAACAUCCAUGCUGUGAUAAUGCCUAAACACAGAGACAAAAUACAACAAUAAUUAGAAGUUUUAAACGCCGCCAUAUUGGCAUCAUGUGUUGAAGUCUUUGUGUGUAUCUUUGUCGUUUACUAAGGUGUUUAUGGUCUUGCCUGUGACACUCGUGCCAGGUCCAGGAAUGGUAACCCAUUUUGGUCUGAAGUCAGCUUGGCCGACGUUGUGGAUCUGGGAGGAGAAGCAGAGCAGGCGGUGGUAGGAGCUGUGGUCAUUCUUUUUCGCUGUGCUGGACAGGCAGUUCUCCUCAAGGGCGCACUCUAGAGUGUACAUGAUGUACAUGAUCAAGAAGAUCAGAGAAACUCAAAAUUUCGACCCGGAAAAAAAAAAA